AUGACGGCUGCAAACGAUAUGCCAGUGUCGUCAACGACUGCAGCCAGUGAUCCAUUCGGUGUUCGUCCAGCUGGUGAACCAGCGAGGGGUAUCAUUACGCAUCCCGAUGGAGAAGUGUCCAACAUUCCUCCGACAAUGCUGGCCGAUCAAUUCGGCAUGGCAGGACUCGUCACCUACCUGCGAACCGUUGAUAACCCUUCAAUAGUGUCACUAGCUCUCGGUUACGAUCUCACCACCCUUGGACUGAACCUGAACUUGUCUGAGUACGUUUUACACGAAUUAUGGUUUUCGUUUCCACCUAAGAAUUACAGGCGACAUCUUUACACCUCAUUCGGUGGUCCCUGGGCUGACAAUCCGAUUCGGCCGCACGAACUGGAUGUGAAAGUACCCGAUGACUACUUGACAAAUGCUCAAAUUCGGGAAAAGCUGCCUCCGGUGAAGUUGAACAAGUUGUCAGAGGAUGUACUGUUCUACCUGUUUUACAAUUGUCCGGGCGAAGUCUAUCAAUUAGCGGCUGCUUGCGAAUUGUACCAAAGGGAUUGGCGAUUCCAUAAAGGAGACGGUAAUUGGUUGACACGAUCCCAAUACGGUGGUGUUAAGGAGCAAACGGGAUCGUAUGAGAAAGGCCAAUACAACGUUUUCGAUCCAUUACAAUGGCGAAAGGUGUGUAAUCUCAGCUUUUGUUUAUGA